AUGCGCAGGUUGACCCACGCGCCCCGCCGUGACGCUCCACCCCCUCCAUCCCACGCACGCGCCGCAGCGGGCUCCGCCGCCAAGGCGCGGUCGGCGUACGACCAGCUGAAGCAGCAAGUGCGCGACAUCAAGGCGGAGCAGAGAGAGGUCCACCAGGCCAAGGUCUCAGAGCGCGAGGCCCGGGCCGCCGCGGUCGCAGAGCUGUGCCAGGGGUACGAGGCGCGGCUGGAUGACGAGCGCCGGGCCAACGCCGCCCUGUCGGCGCGGCUAAAGGAGGCCCUGGACCGCUCGGCGAAGAUGCGGGGCCACGCGGAGAAGGAGCGGCGCGCGCUGCAGCUGCAGGUCGAGAAGCUGCAGGCGGCGGCGGACGCGGGCGCGCGCGCAGCAGAGGCGCGCGCGGCGGAGUGGGAGAACCAAAGGUCGCGAGAGGCGGCGGAGUGGGAGGCGCGGGUCGAAGCCGAGCGCGAGGCGCGGGAGGACGCCCUGCGCCACCUGGACGCGUCGCGCCUCGAGUUUGUGAAGCAGGUGGAGGAGUGGAGCCAAGGCGAGGUGGAAGCCAUACAGGCGGUCGCCAACGAGGCAGUGGCAGCGGCACGCGGCGAGGCACAGCGCCUGGAAGACCAGGUCCAAUCUCUACUGCAGGAGCUGGCAGCAAAGGAUGCCGACGUGCAGAAGCUAGAGGGCCACGUAGAGGCUUGCAAAGCCGACUCAGCACGCCUGAAGGAAGCUGGCGAGAAGCUGCGUGCUGAGCUGGGUGCUGCGGCGGAUCGGGAGGCGCGGGCGGCAGAGGAGGCGCAGAGGCGGGGCGAGGAGUGGCGCGCGGCGGCGGCGCUGCAGCAGCAGGAGCAUGAGGCAGCAUUGCGUGCGGUCAAGGCGCAGCACGCGGCGGAACUCGAGCAGGUGCACGGCCGCCUGCAGUCCGUGCUGCAGCGCAAAGACGCAAAGCUGGCGGCCCUGGAGGCGCGGCUGCGCGGCGCGGAGGCGCGGCAGCGGCAGACCGAGGAGGUGCUUGAGCGGCAGAGGGGCGCGCUGCUGCUGGGGCUGGCGAACGUAGGGCUGGACGCGAAGCAGCCGGGGGGCGCCGCGCGACCGGGGACAAGUUGA